CCCAACAGCCAGAAAAAAAAAAUGUGACACAAUUCACUGCUGCUGGAGAGACGACAGCCCAAGGUUGAAUCCCCGCAGGAGCAGCUUCGCUUCACCGUGGUGGACCCCAGGAAGACAGAACAAGCCCAAAUGGGAGAACAUGAGAGACGGUGCCUCAGAGCAAGAACUUUUUGCUUACAGCUGGAAAGUUAAAGUUAAUAUGUAGUAGACUUCAGCUCCACAGAGUCUAAGGACGACAAUAUGGAUAGUAAAUCCAUUCUGGAAGAACUGCUUCUCAAAAAGUCACAGCAAAAGAAGAAAAUGUCACCAAAUAAUUACAAGGAGCGGCUUUUUGUUCUAACCAAAACAAGCCUUUCCUACUAUGAAUACGACAAAAUGAAAAGAGGAAGCAGAAAAGGAUCAAUAGAAAUUAAGAAAAUCAGAUGUGUGGAAAAAGUCAACCUUGAGGAGCAGACACCCGUGGAGAGACAGUACCCAUUUCAGAUUGUGUACAAAGAUGGGCUUCUUUAUGUCUAUGCAUCAAAUGAAGAGAGCAGAUGUCAGUGGUUGAAAGCACUGCAAAAAGAGAUUCGGGGCAACCCCCACCUGUUGAUCAAGUAUCACAGUGGCUUCUUUGUGGAUGGGAAGUUCCUGUGUUGCCAGCAGAGCUGCAAAGCAGCCCCAGGAUGCACUCUCUGGGAAGCAUAUGCUGAUCUGCACAUUGCCAUCAGUGAUGAGAAACACAGAGCUCCCACUUUCCCAGAGAGGGUACUGAAGAUUCCAAGGGCAGUUCCCGUUCUCAAAAUGGAUGCAUCGUCUUCAAAUGCCAUUCUACCCCAAUAUGACAGCCACUCAAAGAAAAGUUAUGGUUCCCAACCAACCAUCAACAUACGCUAUAUUCCAAGGGAAGACUGCCCUGAUUGGUGGCAAGUAAGAAAACUGAAAAGCGAGGAAGACAUUGCACGCAGUAACCAAUUGGAAAGAACUAUCGUAUCUCACAGUACCUCAAAGAUGUCAUGGGGAUUACCUGAGUCAAGUUCAUCUGAAGAAGAGGAAAAUCUGGAUGCUUAUGACUGGUUUGCUGGAAAUAUCUCCAGGUCACAAUCUGAGCAGUUACUGAGACAAAAGGGAAAAGAAGGAGCAUUUAUGGUUAGAAACUCCAGCCAGAUGGGAAUGUACACAGUGUCCUUAUUUAGUAAGGCUGUAAAUGAUAAAAAGGGAACUGUCAAACAUUACCACGUGCAUACCAAUGCUGAAAAUAAAUUAUAUCUGGCUGAAAACUACUGUUUUGAUUCCAUUCCAAAGCUCAUUCACUAUCACCAACAUAAUUCAGCAGGCAUGAUCACACGGCUCCGUCACCCAGUGUCAACCAAGGCCAACAAGGUCCCAGAGUCUGUGGCUCUGGGAAGUGGAAUUUGGGAACUGAAAAGAGAAGAGAUUGCCUUGCUGAAGGAGCUGGGCAGUGGCCAGUUUGGAGUAGUCCAGCUGGGCAAGUGGAAGGGGCAGUACGAUGUGGCUGUAAAGAUGAUCAAGGAGGGUGCCAUGUCAGAAGAUGAAUUCUUUCAAGAGGCCCAGACCAUGAUGAAACUCAGCCAUCCCAAACUGGUGAAGUUCUAUGGAGUAUGCUCAAAGAAAUACCCCAUCUAUAUAGUAACGGAGUAUAUAACGAAUGGUUGCUUGCUUGAUUACCUGAAGAGUCAUGGGAAAGGACUAGAAAGCUCCCAGCUCUUAGAAAUGUGCUAUGAUGUCUGUGAAGGCAUGGCCUUCUUGGAGAGCCAUCAGUUCAUACAUCGGGAUUUGGCUGCUCGGAACUGUUUGGUGGACAGUGAUCUCUCUGUGAAAGUCUCAGACUUUGGAAUGACAAGAUAUGUCCUUGAUGACCAAUAUGUCAGUUCAGUAGGAACCAAGUUUCCAGUCAAGUGGUCGGCCCCAGAGGUGUUUCACUACUUCAAAUACAGCAGCAAGUCGGAUGUAUGGGCAUUUGGGAUCCUGAUGUGGGAGGUGUUUAGUCUAGGGAAGCAGCCCUAUGACUUAUAUGAUAACUCUGAGGUGGUUGUGAAGGUCUCCCAGGGCCACAGACUCUACCGGCCCCAACUGGCAUCAAACACUAUCUACCAGAUCAUGUACAGCUGCUGGCAUGAGCUUCCAGAAAAGCGCCCCACAUUUCAGCAACUCCUGUCUGCUAUAGAACCACUUCGGGAACAAGAUAAACCAUGAAGAGAAAAUUCAGUGUGGUGAUCAGAAUGAAUGUCGAUGUUGACCAAUACUCUCAUUGUAAGGGAAGUAGAAAGACUCAGUGUAAUGUAGCUAGUUCUUAAUAAUGAUCUAUGUGUUGUUUAUCUGUUAUAUUAUCUACAAAAAAGCAAGGUAGGAAACAAGAUUAUUUCUUUGAAAUUUAGGUCAAAUUGGUAAUUUUGUUUGUGCUGCUUUUAAUAUAUACUUCCAAGACUCUGGUAGCAGUUCAUUUUUAGAUGGCAAUUUACAAAUUGUACUGUAUAUAAAGACAGAGCAGAAUUGAAAAAGGUGAUUUUUUGGGAACUCCAUUUUUUUCUAUUGGAACUAGUGUGAUAAUUAAAUAUCUUUUCAAGAACAGGAAUGUAUAUGUCUGCUUCUGUAUGAGAAAUGUCUCGGGCAUUUGAAUAUUUGUUCUCUGUUUGUGGCACUGUUUGGGGGAGGUUAAGAGGUAUAUCCUUCAUGGAGGAAUUAUGUCAAUGGGACGGAUUUGAGAGCUUAAGGCAUCACCCUACCUGUAGUUGACUAUCUCUGCUUCUUGCUUGCAGUUCAAGAUGUGAGCUCUCAGAAGUCGAAGAGGUAGCUUAGUGGUUAAGAACACUGGCUUUUCUUCCAGAGGACCCAGAUUCAAUUCGUAGCCCCUGCACAGUGGCUUAUAACUUGUCUGUGAAUCCAGUCCUAGGGUAUCUGAUGGCCUCUUCUGGCCAUCAUGGGCACCAUGUACACAUGUGGUACACUGACAUAUAUCCAGGCAAAGAAGAAAAAUGAAGGGUUUGAGCUCUUAACAUCCUGCUCUGUCUGCCAUGUCUGCAAGUUGCCUUUGCCCUGCCAUUUUGAACUCUAACUCUCUGGAACUAAUAAGCAAAAUAAACCCUUUCUUCUAUAAGUUGUCUUGGUCAUAGCCUAGCCUUUUAUUAUAGAACAGAAAAGCAACUAAUACAUUGUACAAAUGACCUCAAAGUUAGACAUGUGUGUGAGCUAAAUAUAGAGCUGACUACAAUGCAUAUUCCUAGACACCACCUUAGAUAUUUUGAUGAAGCAUGUCUGAAUGCAGCCCAUGAGUUGGCAUUUUCCUCAAGCUCCCAUGCAUGCUGAACUGCCCUAGGGUACUUCAUUAUGUGUCAUGGCACUGAUAUAUGAUCUAGAACUCCAUUUGAUUGAUACAGCUUCUGCUCCAUCUCCAGACUAAAACAAUGAUACUUCAUGUGUCAUCAUGUACAGUGAUAUAAAAUAAUAGUAUUGAACAAUGUGUUGAAUAAUAAUAUUGAGCAAUGUGUUCCAUCUUUCGCACGGAGCACAAUUUUUUAUGAAAGAUGCUCAGGUAGAAAUUAAUACCUUCUUCCUGCACAUGACCCUCCACCAUGCUCCUUGACAGCAUGCUCGUACUAGAAUUAAGACAAUCUUACUUUACAAUGAUGUUAAACCCUAGGAGGCUUUGGAGAUUUGGGCUCAUUUGAAAGAUAGUUGAAGUUUCCAUUUCCAUCUUAAACACAGAUACACAAAUAUUAUUUUAAAGGUUUAUAAUUUUUAUUCAUGUUUAUGUGUGUGUGUGUACUAUAUGUCUGUAGUAACCCUCUGCUCUCUAUAGGCCAGAGGAGGAAAUUAGAUCAUCUAAAAAUGUAGUUAGAGAUGAUUGUGAGCCACAAUAUGGAUGCUGCAAAUCACAUCCGGUCCUCUAGAUGAGCAGCCAGUGCUCUUAAGCGCCAAUGUUCUUCCUUUUACUCAUACCGCCCAUUUCUUUACCCACCAACAAACUCAAAUGUCUCCCUUAAUUAUUUGUUUCUUGACCUUUUCUUAAUGAUUCUGUUAUUUCAGCAAAGAACUGUCAUGAUAAUGGUAUUCUAUUUUUAACAGAUGUAUGCAAAUUUCAA